AUGCGUAGCGUCGUCUAUCCAGUAGCGUUCCUGGCUGCUCUCUCCGGCCUUGUCAAAGCUGGCGAUGCACCAGCCUUUGUCGACCAUGCUCCUGCUUCGCCUGCGAUGAGCAACCUCAUGGAUCGGAUCUCCGCACGCAUUGGCUCCGGUCUCGCUGUCAACAAGGCGCCUGCCUUCCUCAAGUCGAACGCUACUUCAGCUUCCAACGAGACGACAGCGAGCGGCGGAGAAGCGAAGAAGUCAGAUCUCACUGCUCGCACCUUUGGCGAGCCCUACAAGCUUGCCCCUCGAGAAGGUCCCAAUGUCAAGGCAGAGAUCUUGGCAGCGCUCAAAACGGCGGGCAACAUGACCACCGGCUCGGCGACCAACAUGACCAGCUCAAGUGGCACAGUCAAGGUCGCCACGCCUCCCCACAACAACGCACACCCUGGCGAGCCCAUCAGUAAUGUCACUGCGGCAUCGCCAAUCAACAAUGCCACAACGGGCAUGCCUGCAAUGACGCCGGUCGUCGAUGAGCAGCUCGUCAGACGUGCCCACAACCACACACAUCACGCCAAGCACACUGCUAAUCCGAAUGUUGCCAAGGCGGCCAAGCUGGCCAAUACGAGUGCACGCGUGCUGGCCCCCGCCAGAGCCAGCGCAGCCAGCGGGUCUACCCACGCAGCUGCUGCUUCAUCUGCCUCGCCGGCCAGCGUUGCCGCAGCGUCAGCCUCUGCCACAUCAUCUGCGGACGGUAUGGGUCCCUACACGGGCAUGAUCGGCCUCUGGGGUGGUUAUAUGCCCGCCGAGACGCCCGAUGCUGGCUUCCCGGCCCCGUCAGCGGCGCCCAUUGCCGUCAAACGCAACGCAGAUGCCUCUCCUGAUGACCCAUGGGGUAACGCUGCAACGUGGUUCACGGGUGGGACUGGUCUCUGGUUCGGCGGCGCAUCUGUCGGCGGGAUGGUCACGCCGUCAUCAUUGCCCUCGAGUUUGCCCAUCCCCGUCGUCAGCGCCGCACCUGUCGCCGUGUCUUCUCCGGUCCCUGCAGUCGAUGUCAGCGUGCCCAUCAGCAGUGCCGUCGGUGCUUCGACUAUCGCUACAGACUCUGCCGCGCCAGUCUUGGUCGCAGCGCCCUCGUCGGUGAUCAGCUCGACCGCACCUUCUGUAAGCUCGUCGACGCUCAGCUUCUUUUCCAUUCCUGACACGAUCCUGCUCAAGCUUGCUCCGACAGCGCCGGCUGCUGUCCGAGUCGUCACUACGACCGUCACAACGACGACUACAUAUACCAAGCGGUACCACAGACAUUCGAGCUCGACCGCGACCGCACUGCCUAGCUCGACCGGUAUGGUCCGCCGUCACCGCCAAGAGCGUCGCGGCCCAGUGCUCAUCCAUUAG